UUACAAUGUUAAAUAAACAUUUUAUGCAAAAAAAAAAAAUUCGAUUUUUUGAAAGUUCUAAUUGGAUUUCCCCCCUUAAGCGUCCGAGUGCGAAAUGUGUCCCGCCGUGAACUCUGUAAAUGCUGUAACUCGUAAGCUUACAGUCGAAAAUAGUCGUGACUAUUUGUUCGCGGGCAUGACCUCCUCGAAGGGAGAAACAACUAGCUCUAAGACACGAGGUCGCUCUCCAAAAAUGUUAUGAGUUACGCUUUUCAGCCAGGAUACAAACGUCUACAGCUCCUUGCAAAUUUGCUCAACGAGAUUGCAUCGUUGAUUCGGACAUGCGGUGUUACAACUCCUAUUCCUCUUAACUGGAGUUGCACUUUUUGUAACGGAUUGAGAUGAAACAAACAUAUGUUUAGCUUUGAAGGCAAAAGGGACAAAGUUUCAGUGAGUAAGAUAAGUUUAGUCAAAAAGAGGCCGAGUCGAAAUUUUAGCCCUAUCUGCGACAUAAAUCUUCUAACGUGUAUAUAUUCUGAAUCAUCAGUGUACGUUCAGUACAUAUGGAAACUGACGUCCUACUUAACGUCUCUAUAAAUGGUAGAAAACACAAAAUAUCAAUCUUGUAUGUACACUGAGAGAAAAAAUAUCCAAGUGAUAAAUAUCUGUGGUAUUACAGCGGCACAUAUUUGCUUAUACAUAUAAAAAUAAAAUAUUUCUUAAAUAAAAAAAUGUACAUUUUCUUGAAAAUUUAAUUUAAAUAUUAAAUUUUAAGAAAAUUUAAUAUUUUUCGUGAAGGCAAUUAUUUAUUCUAUUUAAAUAAAAGAAUUUAGAUUUACGUAAAAAUAUGCUGUUAGUACUUCAACAAAUAAAUAUUUAUCAGUUUUUAGAUCUUUUCUCUCAGUGUCUAAAGAGGACCUCUCGGCAAAGUUGGUAAGUUAAAUGGAGUUAAAAGAGCUUGAUAUAAGGAGCAUGAAAGUAGAUAUUAAAUGGAAUAUUGAGGUCGAAAGGAUCGAAAUUUCGACUCGGAAACAGGCCUAACGUAAACUUAUGAUACUUUAUAUAUAUUAUUCAGUUUCGUAGUAACUCCAUUCGAUAUGCAGAACGCGCGUCGAUGCGCCCGCAUCUCAUUGCGUAGCCAACACGUCACACCAGAUGUCACGGACACCGAUCUCGCGGUUCCACCCUAACCGGGUAAUUGUCAGUAAGCCGAUUAGGCUAUAGCUUCUUGAUAACCGCUUAAUAAAAUACGCGCAAUCUCGAGGAAGGGCUCUUUCGAGAUUAAGGUCUAAAUUAUAACAUAGGUCGGAGAGAGGAUGGGAUAGAGGGUUAGCGGGGUGAGAGCCAUCAAAAGUAGAAAAAGGGCCUGCGGGCACGGCCUUCGCGAAAGGAGGAGCGAGACUGCAUCGGGUUCCGUGCCAGGAGAACGACCGAAACAGUGGCGUCGAAUCGCGCGCGCGGGGCGAAGAGGGUCGUUGGUGGCGUUUGCGCCGGCGGUCGUCGACGAAAGGGUGCGCAGGGGUGAGGGUGAGGGUGAGACGAAAGGAUCUAGAGUGGGGGUGGAAGUAUAGGUGGCGGUGCACGGUAGUGGGUGGACAGGGAAAGGCGUGGAAUUGGCGGAGGCAGUCAGUGGCUCGCCGCGCGCCACAACGACGGCCGGACAUCAGCGUCGACUUUUUCUACUUGCACCGUGCCCGCCCGGCCCGGGGGCUUUUCCACUUGUUCCAUCCGGCGAUCUCAUUGCCGCGCGCGCGGAAGGACCGCCGCUUCCCGGCAGCGCGAGGACGACGAUCGCGCUCUAUCACGAUCCUCCGGGUCGAUCGUCCAUUCUCCUAAUCUGUCAGUUCGGAGUGUCUCUCUGUCUUCUGUAUCUCCUCUCAUUCCCUUGGUUUACUUCGUGCGUACCGUCCGUGCUGGCGCGACUCACAUCGCGCUCAUGCCGGGAACAAGGAUUUUCGAGCGGCGACCAAACGAGAGCGACAGUCCGGCCAGACCACGAGCUUCGAUACGCUGAUAUCUGGUGUCAUGUAUGCUCCGUUGAGCACAGAAUCCCCAGCAAGAGCCUCUCGGCCUUGAUGAAGCGUCUCGUUCGAUCGCCGCUUCGUCGCUGCGAUCUCUAUACGUCGAGUGUGUUGGAGAGGACUCCUGGUGCGUCUCGUGAUCAGUGAGGAAGCUUUGUCGUCGUAUGUGAAUUCUGUGCUGGUGCGUGUCGACGUGCGGGGUCACGGACGGCGCGGAUACUUUCUUGCGUAGUCUUGCGUUGCUCGAGGGCGAAAUUCGCCCGGUUUGUGACGAAGUCAACGUCGUCGUAGAGCUCGUCGACGUGGAUGUUGUGACGGCGAAUAGAUCGCGUGCGCGUUACGACCAUUCGUCCGAAUCACUCUACGUUUCUCGACCCUGUGACGGGCAAGUGCACGCAAAAAAAUCUCUCACCUGGCUCGACGUCGCGAGUGAUUUGCACGCGCAGCGGCGGCUUCUUUCGCGAGUUCCUCGUCGCGGCCGCUUUCGACGCAGAUCCGCGCCUCCUCUCGAGCGAUCUCUCGAACGACGGAACUCGAACCGAUCGAGUCGGUGAGCGAAUUGAGGAGACGUAGUGGUGACGGUACGAGGAUAAAGGAGUACUCUUCACAGGGAUUUCACGAGGUUGACGCCCGAUGUCAGGAUAAGAAGCGGAAAAGCGUAUUUUCACUCUGACAAUUGGUGCACAUGGUGCGCGAGUAAAACGAGAGGAUCGAAAGAAGGACAGAAUGGAGAGGUAUCGGCCGGAAAUCUGAGGCUGGAGCCUUCCAAAGGAAGUAUCAAAGUCCGCCCGUCCGCCCGUCCGACCGACCGACCGACCGACCGACCGAUCGACCGACCGACCAACCGACGGCCUGAAGAAAAAGAAACCGGUCACUUAUCGAGCCUUCCUUGCGAACGCUUCCUAUCCGCAAACUCCUCGAAACUCCUUGCCACGUACGAAGAGCCACGUUAUCGCCGGAUAUCAAGCCCGACCGUAUCCCCCGAGUAACGCCUCAUCCACUCAUGCGUGCAGAGCGGAGAGCUCGCGGCUGAGACGCGCGUGAUCCUCGUCCUGGAAGGGUCUUUCGUCGCCGGAAAGAAUCUCGCCAUCUCGAUGGAACGCUCAACGACAAAUAUCAUUAUCUGAAGAGGUGCGUCAGCGCCGCGAAAGUUCCGGCCACUAAUCGAUUCUGUCGAGAGGAUUGCGGACACGAGUCGCGGCGAGGGAUAUCGAAGUCGGGAGACUGAUACAGUCUAGGGAAGAAUUUCCAGUUCCCAAUUUUUGCAUAGAAUUUCGUGCCGAUUAGGCGAGAUAGAGGGUGGAAUUAAUAUUGUCUUCCUAUUGUCCAUCGAAGGGGGAUCAUCAUCGAAGACGAGCUAUCAAAGGUACCGCGCGCCGACAGAUUGACAGCAGUGAACCCAUUCAGUCAGCCUCAGGCUCGACCGGAAUUGAUAGCGCGCCGUUGGCUGGUCGAAUCCGAGCAGUCACUCAACUCCGCAUCGGGUCCCCGUUUCAGCUAAAUCCCCCCUCUUGCCACCCCUCCAAUCAUUCGACCGCAAGAGGGAUCCACUUGUCCAAGAACGUCCGCCACGACUCUGGAACGAAUCUUGUCUUUUUUUUUUCUAUUCUGUUUUUUCUGGUUCUUUUUCGCGAUUUAUUCGUGAUGGGAUCUCGAAAGGAAAAACAACUCCCACCGUCCUCCUGCCGCAGCUGAUCCCCGGCCAGAAGCUAGCUCGCUCCCUCGUGCACUUGCUCGCAAACAUCGAGUAAUCUGUGAGAAAACGGCGUCGAUCGAAGCCUCUCAUAGAGAGCGAAACACGAGCGGAGAGAGGGGUUGGACUGUUUAUCGAACGCUCUUCCACCUCGGCACCUGUCCUCCUCUACCAACCGUCGACGGGGAUGAAGACCGAGCGAAAGCCACUCAUGCGUGAGGGGUGAGACAGCCGCGACCGGAAGUGCCGUCCCGAUGGGACGGAAUCGUGUUUCCAGUGCGGCACUUCGGAGUGAACGUCAGUACAGUGUAGCUCGAUGGGCUGCGAAGAAUCUGCCAGGGGGAACAGAGGCGGAAGUCGCCGGGGACGUAAUCUGGGAACGGAACUCGGUCGUUGAAAGUCGUAGCGGAGCGUAACCACGUCGCGGGCGAUGAUGAUCGCGGGAUAGUUCCUGGGAAAUAUGGGGUCCACGUUCGACAACUCGGGGACGUACUCUUUUGUACUUUUAUAGAAGUAUCGUCGGAGCGCCCGGGACCAAUCGCUUAGCUUCCGUAUUAAGGCUGUAUCGAUCUUCGUCCUUUCUUGUCGUCUCGAUACGAAAAGAACGGUGCCUUGGAUUCGCUCCGGACUUCUACGCGAGCCCGGAGAUCGAGGAAGCUCGAAGAACUUGCCCCACCGUGAACCGGCGGAUUGUAAAUUAGGAGUCACGUGGGACCCCCUUUAGAGCGGAAGAGGAUAAGCGUCGUUUAAUUGAACGCGCGCAGCGAAGAAGAGAAUCGAAUAAAUUGUAAGUCGACACGAAGCGUCCAAUAUCAUUCGUGCCAAUUCGCGGAAGGACUGAUCACACGAGAGGCCUGCAUCUGCGUUCGUAACGCAGCAGAUCCUCGAGGUUAUUAUUCUCGAUGAUCUCGCAUCUUCGUCCCGUCGAACGUAUCGGGUGGUCCAGGGUGCGAUGAAACAUAGUUCCUUCGCGCGAAGACACGAGACUCCUACCGAUCGAUUCAUUAUCUUCGCACGAGCGCACUAUUUUAUAGAGCAUCGCCACCGAGUACAUCCCCUCGACGGGUUAUCGAACAGUCCGCUGCCUUACUCGUCCAUUCGAUUUUCAACCGACCGUGAAUCGAGUUCCAUACGUCUUGAAAACGCCAGAAGAAAGAAGGCUUUCGUAACCUCUAGCUAUACAUUCCGUACGUCCUGUAACGCUCUUCGAACGUAAUUGCGAGACAGUUUUGUCCUGAUCAAUUGUCCGUGAAAAAUAUCAAGUGUCAGUCGGUAAUGUCGCUUUUUGUAUUCUGGCGAAAUGAUAUAGCGAGAAAGAGAGUAAGGUUCGCGUAAAGAGGAUUCGAAAACUGAUGAGAUGUGACCGGUCCAUCUCCAAUUCGAUUCUCCCAGUCGUCAUGGAAGAAUAAACGUCGAAUUGGAUUGUCUCGCUAUAGCGACAACGUCGACGUCGCGAAUCUAGGUCGCGGAGAAGGAUAAUUGACGACAAACAUCGGGAGCAGCCGACUGGAAUAGAAAUUUCACUCGAGGAACUGCGAAGUGAUAAUUAACAAUACCCGAUAGACUACGAAAUUAGUCGAGAUUCCGAUCCGGAUCUAGAACAGACGUGGUAAUCGAAUUUUCUCGGGGAUAGUCAAGAAUUCACUGCCACUGAAAGCCUAAUAAUCCUGCGCGCCGCAAAUAGCACGCUGAGAAUCAUCAAGGAGGACGUCGAUGACGUGGCUUAAAAACGCACGCGUCUCCUCAUGUUACAAAUCCCUCAUUGUAUCUUUGUAUAGUCAAGCACGCGUUAAGUCAAAGAAGAACUAGACAAAGAAGAAGAGAGAGGAGCGCGUGGAAAAAGUCAGAGAGAAAGAGAGAAAGAGAGAGAGAGAGAGAGAGAGAGAGAGAGAGAGAGAGAGAGAAGAGUGAGAGAAGUGAGGAGAGGAAGGUAAAUCCACGCUGAAGUCGGUGAUAUGUGUCGCGCUGGCUCCCGGAGCCUCGAUGACCUUGACCCCGCGAGCAUGAAGCAUCCAUCGAGGUCAGCGGGUCUCGAGGUUGCUAUGGCGCUUUUCGGCAUGGUUUGGCUGCUGCGUGUCCGCUCUGAGAUGCGUCGUUGCGCGAAAUGUCGGCACGAGGAGAUGCUCGCCCAACAACAGCAGCAGCAUCAGCAGCAAAUGCAGCUGCAGCUGCAGCAGCAGCAGCAGCAGCAACAGUACCAUCAUCAUCAUCAUCAACAUCACCAGCAACGCACCCUGUCGCAGGCUACCAGCCUACUACAGACGUCCGAAGACGGUGUCAGCUCUUCAGCCAACACUCUCUUCACGUUGGACACUCCUGGAGCGGCUGGUCCGGCCGGAAGUUACUGCGAAGUGCACGGAUACGUUCAAGCGAAAGAAGAUAUCCAGGAGUUUUACGAGCUGACGCUGCUCGACGAGUCCAAGUCGGUGCAGCAAAAGACAGCGGAAACGAUUCGCAUCGCGGACAAAUGGGAAGCCAGCGAUGGACCGAUCACGCCGACCUUCGCCCAGAAUGACGAUGGUCCAGCCUCCGCCUUGCCGUUGACCCAGACUCUGUCGAACAUUUAUGGCCGCAGGUCGGCCAGUCCCGAUGUUCCAGGCCCCGUAGACGAGACUCAGAAGACGAGAUACGAUAACACGGGAGUGGAAGAACAGCUGCCACCGCCGCCGUCGCCACCCCAACUGAAAGAGGCGGCUCAGCUGGAUGGGGUCCCCAGACCGAACUCGGUGGACCGUAUUCUUCACCCCGACGGCACUCAGCACAUCGGCCACGAGGCGCUCAACAAGAGUCACGACAGCUGGCAGGGACACGAUAGCGACCAGGCACACACUCCACUUCUCGCGGCCGACACGAGACACGUAAGUAGAAAGUUGGUGGAGCAAAAAGUAGCCGGGAGACAAGGGGGAUCGUUAGCGAGUAGACCGCGACCGAGAGAGGAAUCGCCGCCGUCACGUGCUCGCGUCGCGUUUUCUUUGACUUGGACGUUACUUGGCCGAUAAAGUAUGUCGACAAAUGCCAGCCGGGGGCAGAUCAAUGCGGAGACGUCGUUUUAUCGUUCGCCAACGUGAAAAGUUUCCUCGUAAGCUCGGUGAGAAGGAAACGAGGAAAACAGCUCGCCUCUUCUCGGGAGAGGAUCUCUCUAAUUUCAUCACGUUUUACACCCACGGCGUGUCACAUUCAACGUGGCCGUUUCUUUCUCUCGGCGCGGAAUUGGGACGGAUUUGCAUAUGAUUGAACCGCGGGCGAUAAUGUCUCAUUGGUAAUCGGCGGGAAUUUGUUCCAUUAAUUGCGCGGCCGACACAAUUAACAAUUCCCACGUUACAGCCCCUUGCAUUUUCUGCAAAUUAAUCGCGCGCGGACCGGUUCGCUAUGAUGUAAUAACACCAACGGCGAUAUCGCGAUGUCCGGGCCUUUAUCGCGGCCCGUGUGUCCAACCCGCGCACCUGGCAUAUAAAUAAAGCGGUGUAAACCUGGAAGCGCCGCAAUAACGCACGAUCGCGUCGAAUUUACUAUUCGGCACGAGAUCGUCCGUGCCAAACUUUCCACGCGCGCGAGAGAGAAAGCAAAAGUCUUGGACAAUUGAAUCAACGACGAUUCGCACAGUCGCGAAGAGUCGUGGACAUUCGCAAUCACAAGAGAAAUGAUUAUUCAGUUUAUUUCUUUUCUUCAGGUUAUCUACAGCGAAGAGUAUGUUUUUAUAAUACUCUUAAUACUCUUCAUGUACUUAUCAAAUUUUGAGAAAACUCAUUAUCAUGCACUUAAAAGAAUUAAUUUUUUUUACAAGAAUAUCAUAAAAUAUCAUAAAAUCGAAUAUUUGUUCUAAUUGAAUAUUCUUCGUUGAAAUAUGCGAAACUUAUACUAGGAUUCAGGAUGUAUCUUGAGUAAUGUAAUGCUCGUAAUGAGCUUAGGAUAGGUUCGCGGAUGCAUGAACUUAUGAAAUAUUUGAAACAAGUAACGUUCACUCGAAUGCAGCAUGCCUUCUUCUGCAAAAUGGAUCGCAUGCCGACCGACCGAACGACCGACUCUUGCGCGCAUUUCGAACUUUAUCGCAACAUAAUUGCAGUUUCAUAUCUCUACCGCGGCGGCUCCCCAUAAAUUACACGCGCAAGAAGAGACGUAACAGCUAAUUAUUUGUCCCCAAGUCAUUAGCGCUAACGAUUUCCCUCCCCCCCUCUCCCACAUGCUUCUCACUCCUAUCCUCCCCACGCUUUUCCAUCCCUUUGCAGCCUGUAGAAUGUUCUAAUCUACGAGCAACGAUUUCGUUCGCGACAUGCCGUUCCUUAAUCACCAUUUAAUCGGUUAACUUCGGCGAUUAUUAUCCGCGUAUCUUUAAGCGUCUCGAGCGCUAUCGACGCGUUGGAUCCGGAAGUAUUCGGCCCGCCGCGAGUUUCCUCUACCUUCCCCUCUCCCUCUGUCGCACGCGCGCGCAUCCGAAAAUCGAUGCCGUAAUGUAUGUAGGAAACGGUGUCAUCUCUGCUUCCUUCUGAGCGCUCGCUUCCGACCCACGUCGAGCGGUCUCGUCCAAUUUGCCGCGAAAUUAAUCCAGUCGCUUCUUGCGGUAGUUCGCCGGGACUUUAAUGACUCGUCUAGCCCUAAGUGAUUACCAACGUUGCUCUUGGAGAUUUCGCGUCUGUGAAAUCUAUCUUAAGCCCCGUCCUACAUAGCUCGCAGAACGCAAGACGCAGGUCGCAAGCACAGACGUGAGAUAACGUGUCCGCUCACGCAAGUCACGCGUAUUCGGUUGCACCCUCGCGUUUCACGAGUGCAGCGAGUCGAUUCGACUCGGUUGCGUCUUGCUUGCGUUAACGCCAGUCGCGGGGAAAAAGAAACUUCGAAGAAAGUGUGAGGUUAUUGUCUUUGCAAAACAGAUCGAAUCUAUUUUGUAGUCGGUAAAUUCGUCCGUUGCAUUGAUAGAUAUGAGCGCAAGUAUAUAUCGGACCUCUGAAAUAACUGGCCAAUUAAUUACGUUGGUAUUACCACAAUGAAAAGUAAUUUUGAAAAAAUCGAUAGAUACAAAUGUAACCUUUUAUACGCUGCGUGCCACUUUUGCGUUCAAUAUAGAUAUUCUUCUCGCGACGUGUGACUUGCGAACUGCAAAUGCGUUUUGCGUAUCCUGCGGCUUGCGAGCUAUGUAGACAGAGUUCUAUGUUUAUCUAUCCGUUCGCGGAUUUGCGUUCCUAACAAAUCUUUUUUCGCCGAGGUCGGUCUCUGCUUCUUUUCUUUUCGACUUCGCGACGACACGUUGAUUUUCCUCGUGGCGCUGGAUGGGCUUCGACUCGAUUCCCGAUUGGGACGAACGAGUUGAUCGCACGCGAUCACGCAACGCGAAAUCGCAACGACAGCAAUUCGCAUUCGCGAGGUAUCGCGGCCGCGCCGCUCGACAUGGACGCUAAAUCCCGAUAGUCGAGAAGCUUAAAAUAAUUAGCCCUCGGCGUACGAGUUAAGCUGCAGCUAACCGCGCAGACCGACAUAUACAGCUCCACGUCGCUUAUACGCGCGCAAAUAUUUCCCUUCGGGCGUGCGUGCGUGCGUGCGUGCGUGCGUGCGUGAACACGCGCAGCGCCGACGAAUAAAAUAUUCGUCGCCGUCAUCGCGCAGAUCCGAGCAUCGGGCUAAUUAACUAUCGCGACGCAUAUACGAAUUGAUCGUUUAAUCGUGACAUCGCGCUAUUAACUCGUGGACACGCACAUUCUCGUCGGUAUUACACGCUCGGCUCGUUAUUUGACGAAUUAGAACCAGCAUCGAACAUCGACAAGUGUUAAUGUUCGCGUGACGCUAAGAAUAGACAUGAAGCUACUUUUGUUUCGUAUAAGCGCGCCAAAAAAAGAGUUGUGUGUCGUGAACUUUGACGAUCGCGUCGCGCGCGCGUCUAUACUCGCGAACCUCUGCUGAGACGGACUCUGCUUAGUCCUGAACGGAUUUCAACCCUUUGGUUACGACGCGACAGCCUCUCACUCUUCCUACGACUUCCUGCGAUACGCUACACCGGCUGCUGCUAUUUUAAGACAUUAUUCAUCCGGGGUUGAUUAGUCCCCGUUGGCCGGCGGCCUUUUAAAUCACCCUUGUCUCUCGAACGUGCAAACACCCCCGCGUUACCUCUUCCUCAAAAGUUCCGCCAACCAGUUCCUCCUCGGGGAAGAUUCAUAGCGGGCCUGAUUCGAUUUGCAACACCGUUUGAAAUUCAGGCGAGGGCGUAUUUCAUUCGCCGACGCGCUUGAGCGAGAGGAGGAGGGUCGAGAAGGUUACCGAGGGGGAGGGAGAGGGAGAGGGCGGCCGGUGAAUAUCGAGCUUGCCAAAUGGAGUAAACUGCAGCCUCCGGCUCGUGUAAUCUUCCGGAAGUCGCCGUCUGCCGUCGAUUAUCUCCUCUCUCUCUCUUUCUGCGUCCCUCUCUCCCCUCUGCUCUCCCUUUCUCUUUUCGUUUGUCGCUUCGUUUCCCUCUUCUUGUCUCAUCACCCGUUCGCCUGCCUAGUUCCGUGCCGUUUCUCCCCUUGGCCUUGGCGGUAAAUCAGGCGAAAGGGGUGCCGUAGUGAUCCAGCGAAAUGAAGCCAAGUCGUUUUUACGGGGCGCGACGACGCGAGAAUCAUAUUUUCCGGUGGCUCGCCAGAAAACUGUUUGCGUUCUCGUCGCCGCGCGGUAAAAUCUCGCGCCAACGUCGCGAAAUGAAUAUCUCACAUGAAUAGAAAAGUUCACAGCGCGGCGCUCAACAAAUUCCACGGGCGAUAAGUCAACAUGUUCCCGGGACACAUCAGUUCUGGUGCUCAUUUCUUUAGGAUUACGCGCGUCGCAUAUUUCCCUGACUGUCGAAUACGCCUGGGAGAAGAAUCCACUUUUUAUAUAAUCUGCGUAAAAAGCAGUAGAUGUUACUAGUUAGUUCGACGCGGGCGACGAUAACGACGUCGCCGACAUGAUAAAGCCCAAUACUUUUUACGACGCUUACAUAAGAGAUGAUCGUAGACGCAGCGUAUUGCAUUAUGUCGCCGAACUUGGAAUCUACCUGAGUGAAAAUUUCGAUCACACAAUUUUUCUCUCGCAUAUUUUCCCCCAAUAUAUAAUAUUACAUAUAACACUACAAAUUUUGUUGACAUUGGAAGACUAAUAGAGAAUCUGGAGGUAUAACACUAUGGCCCGUGUUAGUAGUAGUCGUCAGGUUUGAAUUCAGAUGUGAAUUUUUCAUUUAACAAAUAUAAUAUCACAUAGAGGAGAGUUGCCGUAUCGAUCUCCUAAAUCGCACCUUAUCAAACGUACUUGAUCUUUUUAAACGUUUCUAGCACGGAAAGAUACAAUCUGUAAAUAUUUCGUUUAUAUUUCUCAUUGCUUAUUUAUUUCUCAUUUUUACCGUUGCUCAUAUUCAAUAAUAAUAAAGAAAUCGAUGAGGUACGAUAUAUGGAUGAGGUAACUUUUCCUUGUAUUAUACAAUCCAAAUAAAAAUCUCACGUGACUCUAAAUUCAAAUUUCUCUGAGUGACUCACUUGUCUCACUUGUCUCACGUGUCAAACAAGUCUCACGAAUAUUAAUACGGGCCUAUGUAUAUACACUACACACUUUUGACAUUAGAAAUCGUUUGCGUGAUCAAACUCCUGACAAGAGGGCGACGUUGAAAUUAUAUUAUUAAAUCAUUAUCGUGUCCUGUCAACGAGAGUUGAACACGCGCAGUUGCCCUUGUAUCUCGGGACUGGAAUAUCGUGACGUGGAGGAGCGAUCACCGGAGAGCACGUCGGCGAGAUAAUUUCGUUCUUGCUAAUGAGAACUGCAACGUUCCGAAACGCUUAUCCGCGUGAGUCGUCCAGAGAGGAUCCAUUUUCCGCGCGGCAAAUCUGGCGACUUCGAUCCGGCGGCCCGAAAUUCGGCGCUCGGCCACAGCUCGGCUACGUUCUCUCCCGCGGGAAAACCUCCCAUUCCGCAUUAUCCCAAGCCGUCGAAAUCCCGCUUCCAUCAGGACCUUCAUUCCACCUCCCUUCAACCACCGUGUGUAUUCCCGUGCCAAUAUUGCGUCCCAGUCAUAAUGUUUAUGAGCGCGCCUCAAGACGCGAUUAAAUCUUCGUCACCGUGGCAACGUUAAAACGUCGACGGCGCAUUAAAAAUAUACAUCCGCCGGGACAAUUAAAUCAUCGUCGGAGCUUAUGAAGUCGCCUGCUGAACUCUACAAUCUCCGUCGUUGAUCUAAGUGUAUCACUUUGAGAUUGAUUAAUAACGUCGCGCUUCUUCAUCACGUGCGAAUAUUUUGACGAUUCCGGAUUGAACGUUAACGCGCGCGCGUGUGUCUGUACACACACAUAUGAAACUAUGAUAAUCUAUCCGAUAUUUAUUUCGUUCCGGAUUAGUUAGAUAUUCCACGCUAUGUAUUAUCGGGCGUGUGUUCAUCGGAAUAAUCGAUACCGCAUCUCCCGAUACCAUCCAUUAGCGGUUAGGGAUCAUCGGCCAGUAGCUCAUGUUGAUUACCACGUGGUGUUCCUCCUGGCACUUCCUGCGCUUCCGCCCUAUAGCGUUGCGCAUUAUAGGCUGCCAGUAUCAUAACGGGACAUGUCGUAUAAAUCACAUCGAAUGACGUGCAUGCGUCGCUUUCCCUCUCUCUCUCUCUCUCUCCUCUCUCUCUCUCUCUCUCUCUCUCUCUCUCUCUCUCUCCCCUUUCUCUCUCUCCCUUUCUCCCAGUACGUCCCUUGACGUCGACGCAAAUUGCCGACAUUAGUCGUUAGUGACGGAUCAUGACUGACCCUUCCGUUUCGAGGAGAUCGCUGCCACCGCUGCCGCCGUCGUCGCUGCCCUUCGAUUUCGCACGUCUAAUAACUCAAUCCUGUUAAUAUUAGCCGGUUCACAUUCGCUUCUCGGCGGCAAUCUAGGCACAAUACUUUUACACCGAGGAAGGCUCCUUCAGCUGCUUCGCGGUCACUUUGACGUUCUUCCCGCGUUUCCAUCGUUACCUGCGUGCGUCUUGUCCGUUUCUCCUGCUCUCUGACACUUUCGGAUAAAGAAACGUUUUUUCACCAACAGAACGUUUCGCCCUGCGUUUCGCUUCACGCUGCAUUUCGAGGAACCAACGUUCGAAUCGGCGUCGGGGCGUCAGCGUAACAUGUUUUUCUUCGGCUCUUAAUGAUUUUUCCGAUACGCGCGGCGUCCUGCGUGCCGGCGAUCGUUUAUCUUGAUUUCACAGAGGAUACUCUGUUGCGGUUCGCACGAGGCGCGGAAUUUAUAUUAAUGGUGGCACGCAUGGAUAUUAGGCGUAAUUACGCUCUUCCGCCGCGAACGCCGCUCACCGUGCGCGAGAGACUCGCGCUCGUGAAACAAAAAAAAAGAGAAUAAGAGAAAUAAAAAAUAAUAUAUAACGCUUGUUGCCGCGGGACGCACCGAGACAGUUUGCCGGACACUUUGUUGUGGGAAGUGGUGUUUUGAAUGAAUCGAGACACGUCGAGUCCAGCCGCGCUUCUCGUUAUCUCUCGCCCUAUUCCGGAACGUGUGCCCCGUUGUUUUCGCAACUUUUGUUAACGCUGAUCGCACGUCGACGCUCUAAAUAAUUGUUUUUACUCCCGCAAUCAACCUUUCACCACCACGUUUGCCCUUAAAUUAACGUAGCAAUAACCGUCAGCGUACUAUGCAAAAAUUAUCCGAGAAAGUUUUUUCGCUCGCGUGCGCAGCGUUAACGGAGCUGGGGAACGUCGUUAAAAUCGGCAUCGUCCCGAGCUCAGCCGUCGCUCACGAGCGGAGAGGUACAUUUUCCGCGCGAGUUUUCGACCGUGCCAGUGAAUAUCAAAAUAACCGAUUAAGCGCGCACGACAGCAGCGGCACCGGUGUGUUCGGCCGGAAAGAUUUGCUUUGGAAUUAGGGCACCCGCAGCACAUCCCAAACUGCCUGGACUGGCACACGCAGAUACGUUCUCCGCAGGUGCAUAAACUUUAACUCGCAAAUUCUGUAAUCGCCACGCUCGGCCCGCCCGUUGCAUCCGGGCGAAUUGCAAACGCGUCGUGGCAGAUUCGCGUCCAUGCGGUCGCAUCGCGAGAGCGCGAUCGAUUCGAUCGGGCGGUCGAAAAAGGCGCUUUGCCUCGUGAUUUCGCGCAGUAAUCGCAUGUAUCAAGCCGAUUCCCACGAGAGAGAGAGAGAGAGAGAGGAGAGAGGGACAAAUGUGAACGCGAUACGUAUCGAGAUCGAUGUUUGACGAUGGACUUUUCGCGAUGGAUAAUCUCGCGCUUGAUAAAAAUAAAAACGUGUCACUCGAGCGAAUAAUUUCUGCAUCUCUGUUGUAGGAUCAAAUAAUGCCAUAAAAAUUACAAAAUAGCAUGUCAGCGUGUACGAAACGUGUCGCGAAUCGAAGCUUAUUACGGAUAUCGCGCAAGCGAGGGAGGGAGAGAUAGAAAGAGGAAGAUAGCUUGAAGGUGUCGUAAAUAUUAAUCAGGUUCAACGAAUAUCUCCAGCGCGCAGAAAUAAUUAAUGCCUCGGCGGAUGUGAAUAAUCCACUUUUAUAAAACGUUCGUCCCGCCUCCGGCGAUCGAUAUCCGGCGGCCGGAGUUUAUGAAUUGAUUUAUGAAGGAGGAAACGUCCGGGCGCUGGUUUCCAGAGACGGUUUGCCCGCAUCUGAAAAUUGGAGAAUAUUAUCAUAAUGUAUUCCGGCUCAUCUGCAUUGGAAUUACCGAGCAGAUAAGGACCGGCAGGGUAGGAGGGAGGGAGAACACUCGAUAUGAACGCGGGUUAAAAGUGCGGCUGAUUUUCCCCCGGGAAAAUAAGCGUAUGGUAAACCAGUUGUCGGAGUGUGUACGCGGUCGCGCGCGCACACUGUUUUCCGCUCGAAAUUUUCCGUACUGCACACGUCGUUAAUUUACCUCUCGCCCGCGGUUAUUAUAUCCCAGUUUACAAUAGGAUCAUUUGAACGCGGCGGAAACAUUGACGUUGCGAAAAAUUGCCAUUGCCGGCGAAUUUUUCCUAUGGUAUACGCGCGAUGCAACGAGAAACGUGAGAACGUGAGGAUAGUGUGUGCGCCGUGCGUGGAAAGAGGAUGAAACGAGUUAUUAUUUUAACAAUUACACGACGAGACGACAACGACGACGACGGGCAAAAUGAAUUAUACAUGUUUCAUGCCCUUAGGGAACCUUUAUUUAGCAGUAAGUUAACAUCAAACGAACGAAAACGAGCGAACGAGCGGCGCCGUCCGCGGACGCGAUGAAAUCUAAAACCCGAGGAGUGUAUUUAGGUCGACUCGGUUGUCUCUGGCAGCCCGUUCGUCCUGACUUUUUCAAACUGGCCGGACAAUUUCCGCGGGUUUAUCUUCGCGAAACUUACUCGGCGCCCGCGCGCACGUAAAGCCUGUCGAGUAAUUUGAACGAAAAGUCAACUCCGGGGCUCUUUAUUUUGCUUGCCGUUUCGGCGCUUCAACGUUCGCAAGGAACUACUGCGUCCCGCGAAUCGACGAAAUCGAGACGAACAAACUCACGGUGUUAUUUCAUGCUCAUUAUAUCAGUUUGGAUACUAUUAAAAGCGCGGGGCGCUGUUAUAAUUAUAAAACACACAAUUGAGAAAAAAAUAUUUAAGAAAGAAAAAAAAUAUUGCAGUGAAAGAAUAAUAAUAACAUAGUUAUUUUGUACUGAUACAAAAUAUUUUCCAAAUAAGGAAAUAUACAUUUUCUUAAAAUCUGAGCUUUUCAUGCAAUAAAUUGAGAACAAGCAAUAAAUUGUCUGUUCCCUUCACCUAAAAAAGAAUUGAGAUUUAUAUUUAAGUAAAUAUGUUACUAUAUUAUAUUUAAGUAAAUAUGUUACUAGUUCUCACCGAAUAAAUAUUUUUUGUUCUUCAGAUAUUUUUUCUCUCAUUAAAACGCGUCUGAUCAUUUUACAAAUUAUUUUUCGUGCGCUCCUGUUUCCAUCUGCUUAAAUAUCAGAAAAUAUUUAGUCGUCCAAGUAUUAACGAGAUUGAUUAUUUUGUAAAUAAUAUAAAAAGUAUUUAUUUAGAAAUAUUAUACCUAUUAUUUUACAUGUUUCUCCUAGAGUUUGAGACAUUUUUCCUAAAUCUCUAGAAGUUCCUUUAUACUCUUGUCAAACAAGGUUUUCUGGAUCGCGUAUACAUCCAAUUUUGCACGUUGUCAAUAAUUUCUAAAUAAUCCUUGUCCUUGUCUAAAUAAAUCCUCCCACUUAAAAUGCAACCAAGAUUCUCUCUUUUUCUGUGACAUCAACUGCAAUGUCAUUCACUACCGAGGCUAAAACACUCCUCCCUUCCUCUUCACAAGUGAUACGUUAUCCAAAUUUGAUCGUAGCUGCGCCGGUUAAACAUUUAGUCCGGGCGACCGCGAUAAAUCUGGCGUUUGAAAGUGGACGAGACGUUUCGCGGAUAACUGGGACGUGGGUCUUAUCGCGCCCGGCCGAACGUCGGCGUCGCGAACCUUAGACACAAUUAAUCUUUGUGACGGCGAAUCUGUUUACCAGCCGAUACAUACACAAAAGCGCGCGGUUUCGACGCAAACCCAUUCACCGUAACGCCGCCGCCGUCGGAUAUCUCGUUGUGCUAAGCGCCGUCGGGCGCGGGAGGAGGCUGGGGGACGCCGGGAUGCGUCGUUGCACCUGCAUGGAUUUCGGGAUGGCGCGGAAUAAGGUCGUAAACUCCCGGGCGUAAACCGUAAAUGGUACGUGCCGGAGUAGAAUGAAGUUCACCGUUGAAUCGGAAGAGCCCGGGCCGAUCGCCUCGAUCGAGCGAGCGAGCGAACGAACGAACGCUGCUGGUCGGACCGCCUCGUUCGAUCUACGUAAAGCGAAACGCGCAACACGAGACUGUAACUCAGCGACGGGAUUACCAGUCAAAACUACUAGAGAGUUAUACGGGCCACGGAAUCGCUUAGUUCGUCUCUUUUCCGCCGGAAACUAUUGCACCCGCACGACGACGAUCAUGUACCCGCGCGCCAGUUCCGACGAUCAUGUACCGUCAUGAUCGCGCGUUCCUCCGGAAUAUUACGUGAAUCUUGGUUUUCGUCGAACGACUCGGGUGUCAGCUUGCUCGAGCCUUGACUUUCAAUUGUUUAAUUUCAAUUUGUAUAUUCCUUUUAUUUCAUAUGUGCUAUUUACAUCUCAAAAACUGAAAUGCUCUGUUAAACUUGAUGUGUUUCCAGCGGAAUACGCUAGAUUUCCAACGUAGAAAUUGACUAUAAGUUUCUUUGCAAAGUAGACCUUACUGAUAGUCUAUUUCUACGGACUACCAAAAGCAUAAUACAAUUGAAAGGAAUUCAUGUGAGAAAAGAAGAACUAUAUAGUAUUCUCUCCGCGUUGUACUUUUUUCUUGGCACAGAUAUACAAGUAUAGUUUGUGUCUAAAUAUACUUAGAAUUAUCAGAGCUAUCCAGUAUUAUCCAGAGCGAACAGUAAAUCGGGAUUAGUACACAAAUGUUUCGUACCAACGCUUUAUCACCGUCUCUUGCGCCCCCGUGUGUAUGGACCGAAACACAAUAUAAUUAGAUCCCGCGCGGUGGAGCUGGGAUGCGUCAAUCCCUGGACGGGAGCACAUUCUCAUUGGCCAACUACUUGGGGGAUAACGACGCUCUAAAGUGUCUUGAUUUUCGUGGAAAUUCCCGAAAAGCGGAGCGCGCGAGGGGUGUUCGGUACUUUACCUCGCCCCGACAAAUUCUCGCGGCGUGAGUUUAUUGCGCGAGGGGGUCUUCCCGAGCAUUCCGCGGAUUAACUCGUCAAAGUGUCCCCCAAGAAACCGUCCGUGUAUGCAACUAUGCGGCGCGAGACCGAAGUUUACCGCCGCCACCUUUGCGCUGCGACGUGCAUUAUUUGUUUCCCCCGUUUCGACUCACGACGCGUAAUCAGAAAUUACGAGUGUCGCGGGGAAGUAAUUAGAAAUUUGUGCAAUUUCGCUCAUCACCAUCGCGGGAACCUCGAGAUAUCUUGGAAGACCGUCGCAGUUUUCAACGACAAUAUUAGAGGAAUAAAACGACUCAUUCUCUCUCUCUCUCUCUCUCUCUCUCUCUCUCUCUCUCUCUCGCGGUA